GUAAGAUUAUUAUAAAUGCUAUGUGGGUAGGUCAUGUAUUUUGUUGCUCAGUCGUCGAAUAAAUAUCGUAGUGCGAACACAUGUUUUACUGGCUCCUUAACCCAGGUCUUACGUAUAGGCUAGAUAGUCUAGACUUCUCAGUGGCGACGAGAAUACGGACUUACGAAACUGUGAGUGUCAUAAUCAUAAUAUAUAUAAAAUAAUAAUGUCGGUCGGUAGAAUUUCCGAGUUCAAUAUUCGGUCGGACAAUUGGCGGUUAUACGUGGAACGCCUCGAACAAUAUUUCAUUGUUAAUAAUAUUAAGGAAGAGUUGAAGGUGCCCACGUUGAUCACAGUGAUUGGUGCGGACUGUUAUGAACUGUUAGUAGACCUGUGUACUCCGGACAAGCCUUCAAGUAAAUCGUUCGUAAAUUUAACGAAGGUUCUAGAAAAACAUUUACAACCUAAACCGAGCAUACUAGCAGAAAGAUACAAGUUCAGGCAUCGAAAACAGAAUUGUGAUGAAACAGUGUCCGAUUACGUGGCGGUAUUAAAAAAAAUGUCUAAGACUUGUGAAUUCAAGACCUGGUUAGAGGAAAGUUUGAGGGACCAGUUUGUGUGCGGUAUUCGGUGCGAGACAAUACGGCAGCGUCUUUUCACCGAGGAUGACCUAGAUUUCGCGAGGGCAUAUCGUUUGGCGGUCAGCAUGGAGACGGCGGAGAAGAACGCCGCGGUGGUUCAGGGCCGAGCGGACGUGCAGGGUGCGAGCGGAGCGAGUGUCGCCGUGUGCCAAGCGGUGGAGGGAGCGUGGGCGGCGAGCAGGCAGCCAGCGAGCCGGGCCAAGCGCGGUCAGGCGCCGCGCGCGCCGCAGGGCGCGGCUCAGCUCGCGCGCGGUGCGGCGGCCGCUCAGACAGCGCGAGGCCAGCGCCAGCGCGAGCAGCGGUGCGGCGCGUGCGGCGGCCCGCAUGACGUGGCGCGGUGCCAGUUCGCACGCUAUGUGUGCAGAGUAUGCAACAAGCAGGGGCACCUGCGGCGAGUUUGCCCCUACAUGACGGGGCAUCACAACCUGGGCGUGGCGGAGUCAGUGGACAACGAGUCCACACAUAGUGAGGACAGUGAGGAGGUAACUGUGGUUGGAAUUAAUCAACUAUCAUUAGGGCUAUGCAAACCAUUAAUUUUAACAGUAAAUAUACACGGUAAAAAUGUGAAAAUGGAGUGUGACACGGGCAGUGCAGUAUCGUGUAUAAGCCACGAAUUUUAUUUGAAAUAUUUAAAAGACUUGGAACUCAAUACUUGCGGAUUAAUACUUAGAUAUUAUACGGGGGAGUUGGUGCGACCUGUGGGGGUGAUCAGGCCGCUAGUGGUGUAUGAGGGUUUACGAAAAUAUUUGGAUCUGUAUGUAGUACGCGACGCUAAAACAUCUUUACUGGGUAGACAGUGGCUGGUAGAACUGAAAGUGCAGUUACCUAGAUUUGGUUACGAUAAGGUUAACCAUUUAUCCAGCGAGAGUUUUAAUUUCAAGGAUUUCAGUUCCAGAUAUUGUGAAGUAUUCGCCGACGGCCUGGGACGGUUCACCGGUGGCAAGGUGGGCAUCCACGUGAGGCCAGGCGCGCGGCCGGUGUUCCUGCGCGCGCGACCGCUGGCGUACGCGCUGCGGGAGCCGGUGGAGCGCGUGCUGGAGCAGCUGGUACGCGACAACAUCCUCACCCCCGUCGAUCGCUCCGACUGGGCUACACCAAUUGUUCCAGUAGUUAAGAAGGACGGUACCAUUAGGAUUUGCGCUGAUUUCAAAUUGACCUUGAACAAGGUAAUAGAGGUCGACCGUUAUCCGCUUCCAAGGGUGGAGGACCUGUUGGCACGUUUGCAUGGAGGUGAAAUGUUCAGUAAAAUUGACCUGUCACAGGCUUACGCUCAGUUCGAACUCGACGAGACAAAAAAAUACGCUGUCAUUAAUACUCAUAAAGGACUGUUUAUGUACAAUCGAUUAGUGUUCGGCCUAUCGUCCAGCCCGGGAAUAUUUCAAAAGCGACUAGAACAACUAUUCUCAGAUUUACCGCACGUAGGAGUUUUCUUGGAUGAUAUUAUCAUUACUGGUAGAAAUACUAAGGAACAUAUCGAUAAUCUGCAUAAAGUUUUCGAUCGGUUAGCAUCAAGCGGUCUCCGGGUGAAGAGGGAGAAAUGUGUUUUUUUUCAUGAGGCCAUAAAUUAUUUAGGGCACGUUAUAAGUAAACACGGCAUACAAACGUGUUCAGAGAAGGUCGAUGCUAUUGUGAAUACACCCGCACCGACUACCGUAUCUGAACUUAGGUCUUUUAUAGGAAUGGUUAUGUACUACGCGAAGUUCAUAAAAAAUGUUAGUACGAUUUUAGCGCCACUAUAUGAACUGCUUAGAGCCAAUGUUAAGUUUGUGUGGACCAAGGAAUGUGAAACGUCUUUUAUGUACAUUAAGAAGCAAUUAAGCUCCAGUGAGGUUUUAGUCCAUUACUCCCCAAAUUUACCUCUCGUGUUGACGGCAGACGCGAGCAGCGUCGGGAUAGGUGCCAUCAUAUCGCACGUAACGCCCGACGGAGAGAGACCUAUCGCAUAUGCAUCGCGGUCUCUCGCACCCGCGGAGCGAGCCUAUGCCCAGAUUGAUCGGGAAGCAUUGGGUAUUAUUUAUGGAAUAAGAAAAUUCCACCAAUACUUAUACGGUCGACAAUUCACGUUAAGAACGGAUCAUAAGCCAUUAACAUAUAUUUUUGGUAAUAAAUCAGGUAUACCGACUAUGGCGGCAUCGCGUUUGCAAAGGUGGGCGGUAUUGUUAUCUGGUUAUAGUUACGAGAUCGAACAUGUUUCAUCCCAUAAAAACUGCGCGGACGCCUUAUCACGGUUGCCGCAAACCGGUUCCGUCGGUACUGUAGGUAAAGAGACUACGUACAUUCAUUUUGUAGAACAAUUCCUGCCCGUGACUAAUGAUAAUGUGCGGUUAGCUACUUCUAAAGAUUCUCUUUUGAGCCGCGUUAUAUUCUACGUUCAAUCUGGUAGGCCACAUACAUGUACAGAGGAGUUAAAGCCAUAUUUUAAUAAACGGAACGAACUGUAUAUAGAUCGAGGAUGUUUAAUGUGGGGUUAUAGAUUAAUUAUUCCAACGGCCUUGCGAAAUACCGUUUUAAAUCAACUCCAUGCAAGUCAUAUGGGUAUUGUAAAAACCAAGUCGUUGGCUAGGAGUUAUGUAUGGUGGCCGGGAGUGGACAGUGAUGUGGAAGCGGUGUGCCGGCAAUGCGACACUUGCGCGGCAGAGGCGGAGGCGCCGCCGCGCGCGCCCCCGCGGCCCUGGCCAUAUGAUGUGCGCCCGUGGAGUAGACUCCAUAUUGAUUUCCUAGGCCCUAUGAAUGGCAAAACGUUUAUGGUUUUAAUAGAUUCCAGUUCUAAAUGGCUAGAAGUUUUCGAUAUGCCUAGGACAAAUGCAUCGUUCGUAAUUAAAGCUCUUAGAGCUACAUUUGCUCGUUUUGGGCUGCCAACCGAAAUAGUAUCCGAUCAGGGCCCGCCAUUUACGAGUGCAGAGUUUAGGGACUUUCUAAAAAAGAACGGUAUUCGGCAAUCAUUCUCUCCGGUGUACCAUCCAGCGUCGAACGGGGCCGCGGAAAACGCCGUGAAACUUUGUAAACGAUUUAUUAAAAAGGCCAUGAGGGAGUCUACCGACGUCGACGCAGCCCUACAAACAUUCUUGUUAUCUUACAGAAAUAGCGUCCACAGUAGUACCGGAGAAAGUCCCGCAAUGCUACUGCAGCGACGGUCUCUGCGGUCUCGAUUAGAUCUCUUGCGCAGCGAGCGCGCCCGCGAGGACUGCGUUCUCGACGCGCAGUCGCGACAGGUGGCUCAUGCAGGGGGUGUGCUGCGAACGCUCGCACCCGGGGACCAAGUAACCGCUAGAAGCUACGGCGGCUCCGACAAAUGGCUGAAUGGUACGGUAGUCAAUAGUGAGGGCUCUCGGAGAUACAUUUUAGAAAGCGGUGACGGUCGACUUUUAAGUAGACAUAUCGAUCAAAUUAGGCGCAAAUCUCGGUUGUCCGGUGUACCAUGUCCUAAAGAUGUCAUUCAAAAUAAUGAUAAGAAAGAUAUUGGAGCUCCGUCGCUGGACGGCGUGGGUGAGGAGGUUGCUAAUGAGGGUGGAAGAGAGCACGAGACUGUGAGCGAAGGGCGUGUGGUUGACGCUCGGUUAGACGAUUCUGGCUCUUCGUGCUCCUCUCUACCCUCGACGCCUGAGUCUCCGGAGACCCGUCCCAAGCGGGUGAUUAAGCCAGUGUUAAGAUACGGCAUAGAUUAUUAG